AUGGAAAACAGGGCAAAUAAAGGAAGUGGAACAUCCAUACCUAAUGGCGAGAUUGCCUGGAAAGAAUGCUGGAAGCUAAAGAUUCCAAAUGUGGCAAAGCUCUUCUUAUGGAAGGCUUUACAUAAUUUAUUACCGACUAGGGUGAACCUGGCUAAGAAGGGAAUUGUCCGAAACACUUUAUGCCCCAUCUGUGGACUUGAAGAAGAGACGGUUGCGCACAUCCUAUGGACAUGCCCAUCAUCAAAUGAUGUGUGGGGAGGUACUGACAAUAAAACCGAAGCGGUAGUAUGGAGGCCACCACCACACAAUAUGAUUAAGUUGAAUUGGGAAGCUAGGCUGAAUUUGAAGGAAGGACGUGUGGGAUUGGGGCUUAUAGGCCGAGAUUCAAUUGGUACAUUUCUUGCUGCUCGGAAUUUUGCUGCGGUGAAGGAGUGGAAGAGAUUUACAACAGCUUUAGAGGAUUGGCAGCAUGCGGACGGCCGAAACAAUGACGUCGUCGGAGGGAGCGCCAAGAAACGUCCAAGACGUUUAUUGGAGGCCACAAGAAAAUAA